AUGGACGCGGCCAAGUUCUUAGCUGGACUGCACGUGCUCGCUGUAGAUGAUGACCGCAUCAACCUCGCUGUACUAAAGAGAGUGCUAAAGUUGUGCAACUACAACAACGUGACAACGGUGACCGAUGCAUCCACGGCGCUGGACAUGCUCAGAGCGAGGAAGGACAGGAAAGACCAGUUCGACCUGGUUAUCAGUGACGUUUUCAUGCCUGACGGCAUUAACGGCUUCAAGCUCCUCGAGCUCAUCAGCCUGGAGAUGGAUAUCCCAGUCAUCAUGCUAUCUGCUAACGAUGAGAUGGAGACUAUGGUAACAGGGAUAAAGCAUGGGGCUUGUGACUAUUUCGUGAAGCCAGUGCGCCUUGAGCAUGUUAGGAACAUAUGGAUGCAUGUGGUGGGGAAGAAUUCAAGGAACAAAAUCAGCAAUGUCAAUGAUAAUGCUGGUCAGAAAUUGCAAUAUGGGGAUGACGAUAAUGCUGAGAAGGAUGGUGCAAACCACACCGGGAAGCAUUCAAAGAAGAGCAAAAAAGUUAGACAUGAUGCUGACAAGGACAAGGACAAAUUGACCCAGAAGAAGCAAAGGAUUCAUUGGUCUGGUCAGCUACACCGCAAGUUUGUGGAAGCCAUCAACCAGAUUGAAAUGGACAAGGCUGUUCCAAAGAAAAUUCUAGAAGUGAUGAAUGUGGACAACAUCAGUAGAGAGAGUGUUGCAAGUCAUCUGCAGGAAUUUGGUAGAUGCGAGACAUUCCCUCUCUUGGUUGUUGCUUCGAGCUCAAGCAACCCUUUUGCAAGGAUGUACUCUCUAUCUGGAUCUGAAACACACAAUGUGCUGGCCACUAAGAUAGUUGAGCUCAUGAGCCCCCAGAGAAACUUGUUGGGGAUUCCUCUGCAGGACAUGGAUCCAAUUGGCUCUGGUGUCGAUUUGCCUGAAGAUAUUGUUGCAAAACCAGGAUUCUCUCGCCAGGUUCAAACUUUUGGGACAAACACACCAAUGGUAGGUUUCAGUGAGCAGAUAGCAAUGACAACAUUUGACUUUGGAAACAACACAAGCUCUACAGUGAUGCCAACUAGCAGCUCUGCUCUAGGUAGUUCUUUGGGCACCAGACCUGCAUUGUCUAACCUUAAGAUAUGCAAUUCUAUCAUGUUGACCCAGAUGCCAAAUGGUUGUGGUGCAACUGGCAGUCCCUCAGAAGUUGGCACUGUUGGUCAGCAAGCUAUUGGUGAUCAAGAGAACAACAAUGGAUUCGUCGUGGGAACAAGCCAGCCACAGAUUAGCAAUUCUGUCGUGCCAGUUCAAAUGCCUAACGGUGGGGGUGCAACUGGCAAUCUCACUGAAGGUGGUAACAUUGAUCCACAUCCUAUUGGUGAUCAAGUGAAUAGCACAGGAACAAGCGAGGCACUGAUUGAAGCCAUUGAUGAAAUAGAUGCCUUUUUGGACAGGUGGGAUAUACAUGAUUUACUCAAGAAUGGUGAUGUUUUCUUUAAUGGGAACAUGGAGUUUGCUCCGUGA